AUGCACCUCACGCACACGGACAACCAGCAGAGGGUGGACCUUUGGAGGGGCGGGAGGGUGACGGACAUUGAGAUCUUCCUCGCAGCCAAGCCCUACCUGAACCGGAGGCUCGCGAUUCACUAUGGCGACGGGCAGUAUGUGAGAGUUUUCGACGAGCCCGAGCUGAGCAUAGUGAGCCGCAUGCUCGCGGCCUACUACAACUUCGAGAGCGACCGGGUCGAAGAUCCGCUUUCCGACCCCUUCUACAAAUCGAGCCUGUGGAACACAUGCGUCUUUGCUCAGGAGCCUGAUGGCUCUAUCAUGCCAGUCGAUGGCUCUAGGAAGAAGAACAGACAAGAGGAGGAUGACCCAGCCCCGCUCAAGACGACGCAGCUGCGCGAAAAGCUCAUGGACCUCAACACCGACACAUCCAAGAUAUGCUUAGAGUACCUUGAUUCUUGCCAGAACGUCCGCAUGAUCGAUCUCAUGACCAUAUGCCACAUACUGAAUAGGGAGCAGCUCUACAUCCUCGAGGACGAAGAGUCCGUUGUGGAGGAGGACUUCCUGCGGUCGCUGGAGAGCAUCGUGUCUAUCGGAGAGUGA